AUGAGUGUAGCAGUACACGAACUGCUCAAUCGAGCCCCUCCCAACACGCUUACCUCGCCGGGUGGAUUUCCUGUCGAUGUGGAGGUUCUCUCUAAAUUUCCUGCUGGAACAAAGAUCAUCUCGGCCGUGCCGUUCGGGACGUCGGCCUGGACUAUUACAGCCUGCCUGCAAGUCGAGUUGCCUGAAGGCUCCACAGAGCGUUAUUUUCUGAAAUGCGCCAGCGAAGACUCUGGUCGUGCUCUCAUGGAAGGCGAAUUCCACGCUAUGUCGGCACUCUACGCUGCUGCACCGGAAUUCGUCCCAAAACCUCACUCGUGGGGUGAGUUUCGCAGCAAGGAACCACGGACAUAUUUCUUUCUUUCUCAGUUCAUCGACAUGAGCGAUCGAGUCCCAGAACCGAACCAGCUUUGCAAAAAGCUCGCGCGCUUGCACCGUGACAGUGUCUCCCCUACCGGCAUGUUCGGUUUUCACAUCAACACUUGCCAGGGCCGCUCGUCCCAGGAAGUGGGCUGGGAUGCCAGCUGGACCGCAUGCUUUACCAAGAUGCUGACCCACGUCAUGCAGCUUGACGUGAAAACCAACGGGCAUUGGGCGGAGCUGGACCAAGUAGGACGCAGGAUUACGAGCCACGUCAUCCCAAGGCUGAUUGGCGCCGUCGAGUCUGAUGGAAGAAGCAUCAAGCCAUGCUUGAUUCACGCUGAUCUCUGGGAAGGUAACACAGGAACAUCGUACGAGACCGGCGACAUCUACAUCUUCGAUGCUGCAUCAUUCUAUGCUCACAACGAAAUGGAAAUCGGUGACUGGAGGUGCCCUUACAACAAGAUUCACAACAAGGUAUAUACCAGAACGUACCUGCGACAUUUUGGCCCAAGUGAGCCAAAGGAAGAAUGGGAUGACAGAAAUCGCAUGUAUUGCGUCUACUACAACGUCAUCUACUCUGUCAACCACAUGAGCCAGGGCAAAGCUGUGCGCCAGAGGAAGGUAUACAUGUAA